AUGAAAGAACAGUUUGUUUUUCUUACUCUCUUCGUCUUUUCUGCACUUUCCAUUUACAACUCCGUGGCAUUCAAAUCGGCCAAUUUCAAUUCAGAAUGUGGGGAUGGCAUUUUUGACGAAUACACAGAAGAGUGUGAUGGGACUCCUGGUUGUGGCGACGACUGUUAUUGCAUGAAUGGGUACAAUGCAGAUGAAAAAGGGAAUUGCAAAAUAAUGUGUUCAUUUAACGAGGCAUGUUUAACUGGAUGCACUUCACCUGAUGUAUGCAAUGUAUGUAAUACAACUUUGGGGUAUACUUCAGACUGUCAGUAUUGUCAGCGUGACUACAUCUGGUUAGGGUAUGGGAACUGUCAGAAUGUAUCUGAUUACCUCUUAUACUCCUGUUCCCAGUUUCUUACAGUAGUAGCAAGUGAAUAUGCCAAAUAUGGAUACCCCAAUUUGAAUGACAUUGUCUUAAAUGACUCAUUUUUCGAUAAUGGAGGGUCUAUCCAUGUCCCUGAAUGUCCAUUUAAAAAGGUUUUAAUGUCGAAUGCGUGCUCAAAGCAAGUGAAUCCGGCAUCGCCAUAUACCUUUGGUAUUUACUUUAAACUUACAAGUCCAGUUACUCGAUAUGUUGUCUUUGAAGUCGACAAAAAAUAUUCGACGAAUGAAUUGUUUGAAGCCAAAAGAGAUGGGUUAUCUCUUGGAAAUGAUUACUCUUUAGUGUUACAAGACAGAUGCACAAAUGAGACGGGAAAUGUUUUCAAUGGGAAGUGUGUGGAGAGUAAUGAUGAACUUACAAACAAUAUCAAAUCACCAGUGUUGAUUUUUAAAAUACAAGAGAAUGUACCUUUGUAUAUCUUUUUACAUACUAAAUAUGCAGAGAAGACUAUACCCGCCGUAGACGCAUUUGUAUCACCAAUUACACACCCAUGUACAUACAGAUUGGAAUCCUUCGAGAAGGGGCAUGUGAUGAACAAGGACUACACCAUUGAAAUCAACAUAGCACACAUGUUCAAGUCGAGUUCUGUAUGUAGCACUGAGUCAAGAUACUCAAAAUGGUAUACAUUGGAAGGGACAGGUAGAUACCACGAGAUCUCUACAUGUGAGAGUUCAAGUGACUACUUUGUCAAUUUGCGGUUGAUGAAAGUGAUUGGAAAGACUACAACAGACGACUUGAGUAAUUUAGACUGCGAUGAUGCCACACAAUUGGUUUGUGUAACUUCUCGAAAUAGUGGGUGUUCCAACAAGAGUCUUUUAAGUCUCAUGCGAAUUAAAUUAGAGGCAGAUGUGCUGUAUUUCCUUCAAGUCGAACUCGAAGAAGAGUAUGAUGGAUUACUCAAUUUGACAAUUACAAACAUCUGUAAUGAAUGUGGGGAACAUGGUGUAUGUAGUGAAUAUAGUGGGAAGUGUGAGUGUGAAUUACCAUACAUAUAUUUGAAUGGGACAUGUAGUUUGUGUGGGAAUGGCAUUAAAGAAGAAGGAGAAGAAUGCGACCUAAGUGUGGCGGGAUACUCGGACGUUGUGUGUUCGACUACUUGUAUGUGUCUCGAUGGGUAUGUUCCCAUAUAUGCGAACGACACAUACAAAUGUGCCUUACCAACAUGUAGUAAUGGAGUGAUGGAUGACUAUGAAGAAUGUGAUGGUGGCAUGGGGUGUGAUCAUUGUUUCUGUGCUGAAGGAUAUAAGAUGUAUUCGACGCCUUCCUUUGGGUGUUUAUCGACGAAAUGUGGCAAUAAUGUAGUCGAUGAUGGUGAAGACUGUGAUAAUGGUGACGGAUGUGUCGAUUGUAAAUGUAUUAAAGGGUAUUACCCCCAUAGCGGCGAUGCAAAUUGUUGGAGAGUGUCUACUGGUCACUUACAAAUAGUGAUUUGGAGCGACUUUUUGCUGAACCACUUGAUCUUCUAUUUUGUGUUAUUUACGAUCAUCUACGUCAAGUACAAAAAAUUGAAUAAGAAGAUCAAAGAACAGAUAGCACAGAACGAGUUUGUAGUUGUUGAGAAUGUUAUAAUUCCUUUCGACAAGACUCAUUCCAAAUACAUAGAUAUCACGAAUGAAAACCCUUAUUUUUCAUUCUCUAAACACGAAUUGGACCUUGGUUCUCAACACCCAGAAAUUAACGUCCCCCUCUUAACUACUCUUGAAUUGAAAAACACUUGGAAACACGCCCCACUCUAUUUCACAGUCCAUUGUGGGGACUAUAACAAAUAUGAGUUAACGUGUAAACCAUUUACAGGUACUAUUAAACCCGGAGAAAGUGCUGAUUUGACAUUUACAAUCAUGAUAAAGUGCACAACAAUGUUAGUAGAGAAGAUUCCCAUUACUCUUCGAUUUGGUAAAUUGUCGAAUCUGUAUAAGGAAAUUCAAAAAGACCACCCCGACUUGAUCGAAGACUUCUCACAAUCAAACAACUCGGAAAACACAAAACAAACAUCUUCUCUGAGCAAAGAACUGUCAAAAACAUCGGCAAAUCAGUCGCAAAACAAUUCAAAGAGUGGGAAGACGCCUUCAGUCCAUUCAUCUAACAAUAAGAGUAAGAGUAAAGGAACAAAAAUAACUAAGUUUCACGUGUACCUCACCUUGAACACUGAAACUGCACUCUCCACUAAACUCGACUACGAAGAAAUUCAUUUGCAACACCCUCCUAUUGGCGGAGGGACAUUUGGGAUUGUCUACCAAGCGAAAUGGCGAGGUGCUGAUGUUGCAGUAAAAGUGAUGAAGACCGACUUAGUCAGUUUAUCUGAAUUACUCCCCAACUUUGUGCAAGAAGCUGAAAUGAUGGAGCGUAUUCGAUGCCCUUUUAUUAUCAAUUUUAUUGGAUCGGUGACUACAUCAGACACUUUAUGUCUUGUCACCGAAUUCUGUCCUUUGGGGUCUUUAAGAAAGUAUAUGAAGACAAAUGCAAUGCCAAAUUUACUGAAAGUCCGGUUCUGCCAAGACAUUGCAAAGGGGAUGGAGUACUUACACGAAAAUGAUAUUCUGCACCGCGACUUGAAGACGGAUAAUGUGUUGGUCAAUUCAAAUAAUCCACAUGAUCAAACGACCGCAAAAAUCAGUGACUUUGGAACAUCAAGAUCUUUUAUAGAAUCGUCCAAUAAAAUCGCACUUCAAAAUAUAGGGACUCCAGUUUAUAUGGCGCCAGAGAUAUCAAGAAAGGACCAAAUGACAUUAAAAAGUGACGUGUAUUCGUUUGCUAUAUGUUCCCUUGAAAUUUGGCUUGGGCACGACUGUUACUCGCCAGAGAAGUACCCCGACUCGGAAUCUAUUUUGAAAUUUGUUGGAGGUGGAAAAAGAUUGGAAAUACCCGAAGACUGCCCACUGAGUAAUAUCAUUGGGAAGGCGUGGAAACAAACACCUACAGAAAGACCUAGUUUCAAAGAAAUAUCAGUGAUGAUCCAUGACGUCUUGAAUUUGAUGGAAAUGUGCACAUGCCCGAAACAGCUUCGUGAGAAACUUAGAAAAGAAGGGUAUAUGACGACAUCUCAAGUAAGCACAAAUGACGUCUCAAACUCAAACAACAAAACUUCAAUUGGAGUCGAGGAAAGUACUUCCGCCGCUAUUAACUCGGAAGAAGAAAAGAAAGC